AUGGUAACAUUGUUUUCUUGUGCAUAUGGAGUCAUGGAUGACAUUCCUCAUACACCUCAUGCCCCGGAACUAGGAAUCGAAGAAAUUAAGAUUCAAAAUGUUUUGGAUGGAAAAGAGGACUUGACCGUUCACUGCAAAUCGAAAGAUGAUGAUCUCGGUGUUCAUGUUUUACCCUACAAAGGCACUUAUAGUUUCAAAUUCAGCCGUAACUUUCGAGGUACAACUCUCUUCUUUUGUGGGUUCAAAUGGGGAAACCAAUUCCACCGGUUCGAUAUUUACACGCCACAGAGUCCAAAAUGUAACGUUCCCAAUGAAUGUUUGUGGUUUAUCAUUCCUUCUGGUCCGUGCCGUUUUGACAAAACCACCUUCAAGUAUAGUUGUUCUUCUUGGAAUUAA